UAUUGAUACACAUCUUGAUGAAGAGCUUCAAGGUCAAAAUCCCACAGAAUUUUACGCAUACCGUCAUUUAGAACGACUUUUUUAUAGGCCAAUGAAAGGUGGUAUUUAUCAAAGUAAGUUUUAA